CCAGCGUUCAUUCACUAUGAUGCGCGCCUAGUUGAAGGAGGUUCUCUAUAGCUGGUCCCCUUUGCAUGCCUAAAACUUUCUAAUGAAAUCCCCAAACACCUUUUGACAAACAUUAUUUUUUCUCUGGGGGUCAAGAGGGUUUUCGACAUAUUAAUCCGCGAUUUUACUGAAAAGAAAACUUCAGAAUAUGGAGCCCAGUUCCACAGAGGGAGGAGCUGAAGAGACGCUCCUUAAAAAUCAUCCACCAAGUCUUCCUCACAAAGUGAUACUCAAACAUGGCCAAGAGUUGGAGGAAGAGCAGGAGGAGUUGGCCGAGCACCAGCCUCUAGAGCAGGAAGACCUGAACUUUGAGAGAUGGAAGCGCAGGCCGUUACCCAAGAGGACGCUCCACCAGAAAAUAGACGACUUGAAGACGUACCUGUGGAAUGCAGAGACCAACGAAUUCAUGGGUCGCUCUGGAAAGAGCUGGAGCCUCAUCCUUCUUUUCUACGCUGCACUUUAUGUGUUUCUCGCAGCCAUGUUUGGCGGCUGUUUGUUUUGCCUCAUGUGGUCUAUUAGUCCCUACCAUCCAACCUUCAAUGACAGAGUGAUGCCACCAGGUAUGACGAUGGCCCCACACCUAGAAGGCCACGAGAUCGCCUUUAACGCCUCUGAUCGCAAAUCCUGGAAGAAGUACGCGAGGUCUAUGGAUGAAUAUCUAAGAUCGUAUAACGAUGGCGCUCAGGAGAAGAAGAAUAUUCGCUGCACACAGGACAGAUACUUCAUGCAGGAUGACUUGGAGGAGAGCGCAGAGCGGAAAGCGUGUCAGUUCAAGAGGUCCUGGUUGGGGGACUGUUCGGGGCUGCAGGACCCCCACUAUGGCUAUUCUCAGGGAAGGCCAUGCAUCCUCCUUCGAAUGAACCGAAUUCUUGGUUACUUACCUGGCCAGGGCAAACCAAUAAAUGUGACUUGUGGCGUUAAGAAAGGACCUCCGGAAGCUUUGGGAGAACUCCAAUUUUUCCCUAAAAGCAUUUUUGACAUGAAGUACUAUCCGUACUAUGGGAAGCUCAGACAUGUAAACUACUCUUCACCGGUGGUGGCUGUGCGUUUUGCAGGAGUGCAGUACGACACUCACAUCCAAGUACAAUGCAAACUGAAUGGCAAGGGCAUCAUUAAUGAUUCACCCACUGACCGCUACCUGGGCAGUGUGACCUUCUCCUUGGACGUCGGAGCGUAAGGCAAAGAUAUCGCUUUCAGCGAGAUGUUCCUGUGACAAUGAGGCAGGAAAAUGUAUGAGAAAAAAAUUAUGUUGAAACAUUAUUUUCCAUUAAAUAUGUAAUUUCCCUCUCCUCAUCUUUCACUUAAAUAUCCAUGCCUUCUGCUGUGAAACAAAUUCCUCAAGAAGUAGAUAUUUACUCUUGUGUUUCUGUUAUAUCUUUGAACCUUGAGCGUGCUACUGGCACCUGCACCCACAACAAACAGUGCUGAGCACAGGACAAGUGCGUAGAGUGAGUUACAAUUCAAUUCCUGAUAUUUUGUAAUGAUUAGCAAGAUUAAUCAAACUAAAUUACACUCUGCCCAAUAGUUAGCAUUUCUGGCUAUGCAAAUCCAAUUAUGACUUAAAGCAUUAAUAGGCAAUUAGAUAUAUUGUUUUAUCAGGUUAGAUUAUGGUUUUGUGUGCACAUUUUUGUGUGAUAAAGUGUACUAAUUUGUUUUGCAUUAUAUUUUUCAAACAUGUAUAUUGUAAGAAUUCAAAGAACUAUCAUGCAAACACUGAAAGCAGGACUUGUACUGUACUUACAAAAAAAGAAAUAAUAAAUGACUGCAAAUACACUAUUACAAUAUUUUUGUUGAAUAGAGCAGUAUUAUACAUUUAUGAUAAAGCAUCACAAGCCACUUCUUGCUUUCUUUUGUAAAAAACAAUUUGCUUUUGAAAAUGAAAUACUACACAAGACUGAUCAAUAAAGAGACAUACUGUACUGUGAAAUAGUUUGUGAAAGGUCUGUACCAUUUUAAAACAUUAUAACUAUUUUUUGAUAGUAUUAAUCCUGCCUGAACUGUGCUACUAAACUUGGUAUCAAUGUUGUAUUUAUUCCUAUUAUAGUUAUUAUAAUAAAUACAAUGCUCUGGUA